AAGAUGCUGCGAGUCCUUUCGUCAGUACAUACUCAGGGCAGUGCUCAGACAGGAGAGAACACGAUGAGACUGACGAUUGCAGCGGUAACCCUUUGCCUGGUCGCCUUGGCCAGUGCAGCAUACGUUCCGGUGGAAAAACCAGUGACUGGCGUACAAUAUGCCGAUAAGGAAUUCCUAGUGAAACAGAAAUUUUUCUUCGAGGUAUUCCGCAACAUUCAUCUACCGCUCACCUACGAAGAGUACCUGCCGUACACCAAGACCUGGGUCAGCGAUGAAACCAAAUACACGGAUUUCACGCAAGUGGCAGAAUUCUUCGACUACUACAAGUUUGGUUUCCUACCGAAAGGUGAACUGUUCACCAUUUACAACAAGGACCACCUGAAGCAGACUUACUAUCUGUUUAACUUCUUCUACAACUGUGCCGAUUGGGAAACUUUCUACAAGAACGUUGUGUGGGCUCGUGAAAAUGUAAACGAGGUGAUGUUCAUCUACGCGCUGACCAUGGUCACGUUCCAGCACCCAGAACUGAAGGGAAUCGUUCUGCCCCCGAUCUACGAAAUCUACCCGUACUAUUUCUUCAACACUGACGUAAUUCACAAGGCGCUGCACAAGAAACUGUACGAACCUAAGUUUGGAUUCGCUAGCAACGGCAAGAACAAUGUGGUCUACUCAAACUACACCGCCGUGUAUCCGUUGACUUACUACGGCGAAGACAAGCUGAGCUACUUCACGGAGGAUAUCGGUCUCAACUCGUACUACUACUACUUCAUGAUGGACUAUCCAUUCUUCGUCGGUGAGGCGAAAUACAACUUGUUCAAGGACCGCCGUGGAGAGCUGUACCUGUACAUGCACCAACAGCUGAUCGCUCGCUACUAUCUGGAACGUCAAGCCAACUUCAUGGGACCAAUCGAAGAGUUCAACUGGGAACACCCCAUCAAGACCGGUUACACACCAAAGCUCAGUUACUGGAACGGAAUUCCCUUCUAUGGACGCAACGAUUACUACACCAUACCGAAGUACAACUACUACAAGGUUGAUCUGAUCAAGGACUACGAAGCAAGAAUCCGACAGGUGAUCGAUCAAGGAUUCAUGUAUCUCGAAGAUGGAACCAAGGUUGAUUUCCGUAAGCCAGGAGCAAUUGAUCAUCUCGGCAACUUGAUCAACUCUAACCCAGAUAGCUUCGAUAACGAGUACUACAAGAACAUCGAAUUCUUCGCCCGCUUGUUGUACAGUGGUGCUAAUUAUUACUCUAGUGAAUGGCAUGGAUUCCCAAGCUCACUGAUGCACUUCGAGACCUCAAUGCGCGAUCCUUUCUUCUACCAACUGUAUUACAAGAUUCUUAGCCACUACUGGCAGUUCAAGAGCUACCUUCCGAACUACACCUACGAUGAGCUGUAUUUCAAGGGUAUGGAAAUCAAGAAUGUUGUGUUCGACAAGCUGGUCACCUACUUCGAAUACUUCGAUGCCGACAUUAGCAACGCCAUCCCGAUGGGCUUCUCAACCGACAAAUACUGGGAUUUCUCCGUUUUUGCCCGCCAGAAGCGCAUCAAUCACAAACCAUUCACUUACACCAUGGACGUUUACUCUGAAUUUGCCGGAAAGGGCGUGGUUCGCAUGUACAUGGGACCCAAGUUCUACGACGUCAAGCAGCUGCAGUAUUUGAAGAAAUAUUUCGUUGAAGUCGAUCAGUAUGUGUAUGACUUUGUCGUUGGUAAGAACUCGGUAGUAAGAAACUCUCGCGACUACUUCUGGAGCGUUCGCGACCGCACUACUUACAGCGAUUUGUACAAAAAGAUUAUGACUGCCUACAAGGGAGAGGACAAAUUCGUGCUGGAUAUGUCGGAGGCUCACUGCGGAUGGCCGGAUCGCCUCCUGCUGCCGAAGGGUCACCCAGCUGGCUACGAACUUACGUUCUACUUCAUCAUCACCCCGUACUACGCUCCUAAGGUACAGCAGUUCUCUACUUACGAAUACACCUACAGCUGCGGUGUCGGAUCGGGCUCCAAAUAUAUCGACGAUUUACCACUCGGAUUCCCCUUCGAUCGCGAGAUUAACUUCAGCUACUUCUUCACGAAGAACAGCUACUUCAAGGAUGUGCUCGUCUUUCACGUUGACGAUAUGAAGCUGAACCAAUCCUACUAAGAAAUCCGCGCGUUUUGGAAAAACUGGAACCAUCUAUGCAUUAAAUCAACUGAAUAAAGCUUAUUGAGAGUUAAUUUAGACGA